UCUGCUACCAGGGAAUGAAUGUGUACGGCUAGCCGGCUGGUAGCUUUGGCAAUGUUGUCAUUAUCAGAAUGAUAUCGCAGCGGGACAGAGGAGAAUUUGCUCGGUUUUAUACUGUCACAGAUCCCAAAAAGCAUCAGAAAGGAUAUACAGUCUACAAAGUCACCGCAAGGAUAAUCUCCAGGAAGAGCCCAGAGGAUGUCCAGGAGAUAACAGUAUGGAAGAGGUACAGUGAUUUCCGCAAGCUUCAUCAAAACCUCUGGCAGCUGCACAAGAAUGUAUGUAGCCAGUCGGAGCUGUUCCCUCCGUUCGCCAGGGCCAAAGUCUUUGGGCGUUUUGAUGACUCAGUAGUAGAGGAGAGGAGACAGUGCUCUGAGGAUCUCCUUCAGUUCUCUGCAAAUAUCCCUGCUCUCUACAGCAGUGAGCACAUACAAGAUUUCUUCAAGGGUGGCGAGGUGCACGACGGUUCAGAGCUCAUCGGACCAGCGGAGCCAUUUUCUGACUUCCUGGCAGACAGUUUAUCGGACUGCAGCUCUGACGUGCAAAGAGACCUAAGUGGUGCAGAUGAUUUGACUAUCACUUCUGAGUAUGGAGGCCCGUCUAGCGACAGCGACCUGACCUCCCUGGCUGUGGAUUCAGACUCUCUAACUGGGCUGGAUGAUGGCAUGGCCUCAGGCCGCACCUCCCCAAACCAGCCACAGGGGGGAGCCACCAACAUUAGCAGCAGCUGCAGCCCUCGCUUGCCCUCCCUGCACGAACCUCGCACCUCAUCUCCUGCCCCGGUUCCUGCCUCCUCAGCCCCAAACCCAGAGGUCAGCUGGCCAGGCCGAACGCCGCUCUUCUCCAGCAGCCUGAAGAAAGCCCCUGCUGGCAACCCGAGAGACGUGAAGUCAGAUUACUUAGACGGAGCCAGUGAGCUCAUUUGUUUGGCUGUACAAAAAGAGAAGGAGCAGGACUUCCAAGCAGCCUUCUCCUGCUAUCGCAGCGGAGUGGACCUGCUGCUGCAAGGAGUACAAGGUGAGCCCAGUCCCACGCGGCGAGAGGCCGUGAAGAAAAAGACUGCAGAGUAUCUGAUGCGAGCAGAGCAGAUAUCCAGUCAGCAUCUGAGAAGCAACAUGGGUCAAGGGUCAACGCAGACAGUGGCUUUGGGGGCACAGUGCUGCUCGUCCAGCAGCAGAGGAAGCCAGCAGAGUCCGUCUGAGGAGCUGAGAGCUUACAGGGUGCUCGGGGUCAUAAAUAAGGUUCUUCUGGUCAUGGACAAGAGAACGCAAGAGACGUUCAUCCUGAAAGGUUUAAGGAAGAGCAGCGACUGUGGGCGGAUUAAAAGGACCAUCAUGCCUCACUCCGUGCCCCACAUGGUGCAGCUGAGGAAGUUCAUUGUUUCUGAAGACGUAGUUUUCCUCCUGCUGCAGUAUGCUGAAGGUGGAAAGCUGUGGUCACACAUUGGAAAGUACCUUCGUUGUUCAAGCCCAGAGGAGAGCUUUGAUAUUCCUUUCAUCCAGAAGAGCCACACAGCAGCUGUUCAUUCUCCGAGACACGCUGUACCAAAGCUGGAUGCAGGAUCGGCCAGUUCUGGUUCUGUGCUGCCUGCUGGUUCUGAAUCUGCUACAGGGCUGCAGAACGAAGAGGAGAACCUCGACAAAUCUCCUCAGAAAAGUGUUCUUCCAUCCAGGCUUACUAAACAAACCGGGGCCCACUCGGACUCUGGAGCCACCUCUGAGGAGGAGUGCACCAACAGUUAUCUUACACUUUGCAAUGAAUACGAACAAGAUAAAGUAGAACCAGAUGCACUAGAAGAGGAGGAAGAGAAGAGCGAACAGGAAAUGCUGUCGCUAGAGGUCCCCAACGCGACAACCACUACGUCCUCACGCAGCCGCUCGCUGAUUAGCAACGACAGCCUCUCUUCUCCCAUUAGCUCUCAGGAUCUCAGCUUUUUUACAGAUUCGUUGGACAAAAGCGGCCACACUGCAGACACCGAGCAAUACUGUGGGGAUGCCCAGGACAACAGUGAAGUCUUCAGUCCUCUGCCAUCCCCUGCUGCACCUCUGUCUUUGGACCAGUCCAAGCACACACCAAUGGAGUUCUUCCGUAUCGAUAGCAAAGACAGCGCAAGUGAGGUGACCUGUCUCGACCUAGGAGAGCAGCGUCCCUCUCACAAGCAGGUCUCUGUCUUUUCUACAUCCGACCUUGGCUCAGACGUCACUGAGGAUCUUCCUGAGCUGGCUCAGGAGGUCAAAAGCCAAGGCUUGGAGCUUUGGGGGUUGGACUGCAGUGAUAAAGGCUCCAAUGAGUCGGUGCCAGUUAUUUCAUUCAAAGAGGCUGUGGUUGAGGAUGAGGGUCACCCACCAGACCUUUUGGUCAACCUGCCUGAAUUGAGCGGGACGGAGGAUUCUUUACAAGAAGAGUUAGAGUCUUCAGGGGUGUGUUUGGGCCUCGAGGUUACAGCUUCUCCUCAGAAAUGUAUCCAGCCCGACGUCUUACAGCUUCACAGCCAGCCUGAGGCAGAGGAGGAGGAGCAGACGCUGGAGCAGGAGCUUUCAUCUUACUGCACAGCUUCUGCAACCUGUGACAUCAGUGUUGCAUCUUCCUCCCCCUUUAAUUCGCUGUGGGAUGACUGCAGCUUGGCGUUUGCACAAGAGGCCUCUGAAAAGAUGGUAGUGGAUCUCGCAUGCCAAAAAAAUAGCGCGCCCCUCGACCUCCCAGACAUCGACUCACUUAAUAAGAAACUCGAGACCAGUAUGGGCGUUAAUAAAGACUUGAUUCCAGAUCCCUGUGGUAGAAACACUGAUUCUAUCACAGCCAAAAACGGGAGUGAGGCCUGUGCAGGGGUUGAGAGUUUACCAGGGCUUAGUGGUGAAUCACAAAGAGUUAUUAGUAUUAAAGGUGGCAGCGAAUUCGACAAAGACGUAUCAAGGCUGUUCAGAGAGCUGGACGAGCUGUCGUUGGCUGCAUCGCAAGCUCGCAUCCCCGAGGAGUUUGUUCGAUGCUGGGCCGCGGAGAUGGUGACAGCCCUGGACUUUCUGCACCAAGAAGGCAUCAUCUGUCGAGACCUGAACCCCAACAACAUCCUGCUCGACCACCAAGGUCAUGUUCAGCUUACGUACUUCUGCAGCUGGAGUGACGUCGAGGAGUCCUGUGACAAAGAGGCCAUUGCCAAUAUGUACUGUGCACCAGAGGUGGGAGGUAUCAGCGAGGAGAUGGCAGCAUGCGAUUGGUGGAGUUUGGGUGCCAUCCUGUUUGAGCUACUGACAGGCAUGUCUCUGCUGCACUGUCAUCCAGCAGGAAUCGGUCGCCACACGGCUCUCAACAUCCCGGAGUCUGUUUCAGAGGAGGCCAGGUCUCUGCUGGAGCAGUUGCUCCAGUACAAUCCAAUGGAGAGACUUGGGGCAGGUGUUGGAGGCGUGGAUGAUAUCAAAUCCCACCCUUUUUUUGCCAAAAUGGACUGGCCCAAAUAGCCACUGUGCAUUGUGGGACAAAGGAAACCAGAAUUGCAUUUUUUGAGGGGGGGGGGACUAAUUGCCCUGGAUGAACUAUUUUCAGAUUGGACAAAAAAUAGAUACAACGUAAAUAACAAUGCAUUUCUGCACAUGUCGUCAUAUCUGUGCUGCCACCCGGUCACCACAUACCCCUUUUUCUUACUUCAUUUACCAAGAAGCAGUAUUAACCUCUGCGUAUAUUGUGCAUUUCUUUAUCAUGUUUACCGUGUAACCUUAUCUUUUCGUGCGGGGAGCAUGUGGUGCAAUAAUUGACACAGGAAGUGCUGGUACUGAGUGACGAUCCACUACAGCAUUGUUGCUUUAACACUCCUUGUUCUUUAGCUUUUGAGCCAAAAUGUCAACUAAGAGUGGCAGGGGGACUUUUUUUGUGAUUUAGGUUUUUUUGCAUACCAUAACUAGUGCAUGCUAAACAUUAAACUGACACCUUUCAUAAAGAUCAAUGUGCAAUACCCUCAGUCUGUUGCUACCUUUAACACUUACAUCAUUCCUUACCCAGCCCACUGAGAUUAGCCAUGACUGAGACAAGUUGAUGUGUGGUUUUAUGCUCUGAUGAAAAAACAGACAUAAUAUCUCAUUAAUUACAACAUCGUCCUUUUUUUGUUUUUUGUUGCCAACUCUUCUUACUGCCAAACAGCCCACAUACAGUCGCAGAGAUGGACACUAUGCAAGGGGAAUGAACAGGAGUAGAUUUUUUUUUCUUCAAUUGAACAAUUAAUUUAUAUUUAGAUUUGAUGUAAUGCUUAUUUAAAAGAUCAUGUCUGAAAAAAGGGCCGGUGUAAAAUAGUGAAUGAGUGUUUUCAAUGACAGAGUGUUUCGUACAUUUAAAAAAAAAAAAAAAAAAAAAUGAAGUAAAGAAUGAAGAGGUUUGAACAACACGGUUGAAAGUCACCCUUUCAAAGAUUUUGGUUGUUUUAUGAAUAUCGCAACACUGAUUUUUAUGCUUGAACAAAUUUCAUUUAUGUAAAAUACUUAAUGCUCUGAACAAGAAAUCUAUGGAACAAUAAAUAAUGUGUGUCCUGUAAAUAUACCUUUUAAAGGAUGUUGUGCUGAGUGGAAGGUUCACCCAGGUGUCAAAAAAACAUUGAUUAUGUUGAACGUGUCAAUCACUUUCUGCCGCUUCAAUCAAACCCCCCUUUUUGUUUUAGUAACACAUCUAGUAACUUAUCAGACCGAUCAAUUUCUGAAUUUGUAAUGUUUACAAUGACUGAAUUAUAUGGUGAACAUUUCAUUUGUUACUUUGGGAACUUUUUAACACUUCUUGUAUAAUGGGAUGAGACUUUGGAGACUUUUCAAACACAUCUUACACAUUUCUGUAACAACACACAGAUAGUGACUCUUCCACUGAUGCUGCACACUAUUGUACUUCACAAUACUGUUGGCAGAUUCUGGCAACUACAAGGUCCAUACUCCACUUAUUGAUCGCUUAUUAUCAGACAUAAACGUCACAUGAUUUUUUUUCUUCUGCUGAAUGUUCACCCUUGUGUGUGCUCCAUGUCUAUACUGGUCUGUCAGUCACUCUGGAAAAAAAAAAAUAAACCUACCUGGAUGAGUU